AUGCGCCGUUUUUCGUGCGCCAUUUUUAUCUCACACCGCUACGUCUCGGUUUUUAGGCCCCAUAUUCAUUUGUCUCCAUGCGUCAUUUGCGACGCUGCAGCGGGGGAUUCUCAGGAGACAUUUGGCACUUCGCCUUCAUGUGAUUUUCCUCCGCCUAAUUUUUUUCCACCACCGGAUGUCAGGAAUGACUGCGUCGUGGAACAGACAAGUCGCGGAUGGUCCACCACUCUGGAAAGGCGAAGAGAGGGUUUGAAGAAAUGGCUGCAGAAGGAACAUGAGUGGGUCGGUGGGCAUCGUAUGGUAAAUAGUGCGUACCUCGAGAGUUGCUGGGAGGCCUUCUGCAAUCCCGCACGGACACUAACGAAGGACGAAAUUGCAGGCACGAUCGACUUUCUUGCUCAGUUCUGUGAGGUAAAAUUGGAUGAUGUUCCCAGUGAAACUUCAGCUAGCUCAAAUUCCAUGCGUCAAGAGACGGAGCAACCGCAAUGUCAGAAUAGCGUCCCAAGCAGUGUUUGUCAUGGGAAGGAGGAGAUGUCUAAAAACGUCUUUCUAACUCACGUUCAAAGAUCGAUGUCGGCAUUGGCAGACAUUGAGCGGCAAUUGCUCUUUCAACGCACACUUUUAGAUUUUUUGUGUGUGACAAACUCUCUUAGUGUGCCACUUUUUUUGUGUUGUGGCACAGCGUUGGGAGCCCACCGUGAAGGGUACUUUAUUCCCCAUGAUAAUGACAUUGACGUGGGUGUGUUCUAUGAGGACUUGCAGCGACUCGGUGGGACGAUGGAGGAGGAUGCGCAGUCCGCUGUUGUUUCGCUAUUAUCACAUGUGGCCUUGGACGGCCACUUUGUGCUGCUGGACAUCUGCGGGACGGUGGAGAAGGGACUGGAGUUGCGUUUUUUGCAUCAUGAGACGCGAGUGGCACUUGACUUAAAUGUGUACUACCCGCCUCUCGCUGAGGAUGCGGCGCUCAUCUCUCAGUUUGGCCCGUUUGUGUGGACGGCAUCGCACUAUGAAGACGCGGGUUCUCGUCGCCACGGCAUGUACCGCUACCGUCACGCAUCCUUCCGCGAGGCGCUGGUUCGUCUGCCAUUCUGCGACCCCGCUGUGGCAUCACGGGCCGACGGUUUUCUUGUGCCCCCCGUGUCGUAUCUUGUGGAGUACUUUGGCGAGGACUGGCGGACGCCGAGGGCGUACACGUACACGGAGGGGCUGCAAAAUGGGGAGUACAAGAACAUCAUCGAGGAAUGA